AUGAACAACUCAACAGUGAUGCUCCGUUGUUCCCUUAGUUCUCCAAGUAUCGCCACAAAAAUCGUUUUGACCGCUGUUUAUGCCGUCAUAGCGAUCAUCGCCCUCCUUGGAAAUUGUGCCAUAAUUACUAUCGCUAAAACAAGGAAGAGAAUUCGUAAAGUGCCAUUCAAUUUCUUUAUUAUAUCCCUGGCCGUCGCUGAUAUUUUUGACGCCCUCGUCUCUGUGCCAAUUUCGGUUUUGGUAAUGUAUAGCGGAGACCGAUGGUUUGGAGGAUUGAUAGGCGACAUCACGUGCAAGCUUGUUCAUUUUUUCAAUAUGGUCUCUCUUACUGCGUCCGUUUUUACUCUGAUUGCCCUUUCUGCGGACAGGUAUCUGGCCAUGGCCCACGUUUUUAGAAAACCCCUUUCUAAACGGAACGUCAAGUUGGUUGUCCUGUUGUUGUGGCUGCUUGCUGCAGCACCGCUGUGUACGGUUUUUAUUAAAUACAGAGUACGUGGAGGGAACAAAGGCUACAAAUGCUUUGGCCGGUGGUCCGACGAUCUGGAAACUAAUCUUAGGUACUACAAGAUUGAGGUGGGAGCUAAAUUUACUUUUUUCUACGUCGUGCCUCUCCUGUUGAUGGCUGUAAUGUACUUCUUGACCAUUCUCGUUUUAAAGAAGCGACAAGUCUUUGUCGAGAAUAUGUCACAGGUCAGAGUACAGGCGCAAAAUGUGGCUGUGAUCAAGAUGCUUGUCUCCGUCGUUUUUCUUUUUGCAUUUUGUUGGAUUCCAAACUACAUUGCUCUUUUUAUGAUAGCAUUCGCCUACAACAAGUUAGAGUGCUGGCCCCUGUUUCUUGUGUGGUCACUCUUUGUACCUUCUCACGUCAAUGGCGCCAUUAAUCCAUGCAUUUAUCUCGUUUUUAACGAAAGCUAUCGCAAAGGACUUAAACGCCUACUCGCCAGCUGCCUCAAACAACCAGCAGUCGACAGUGUUACAAAGAGGACCAAUGAGUGGUCUGGAUUCUCUACUCUGGAACGUGACCCAUCCCGUAGAGGUAUAAAGGGAUUCUUUCGUGACUUGUCCAAAAAAACCAGCGAAUCUGACGAAGUGACGUACGAAACCCGAUUUUAA